AUGGCCAGCUCUCUUUUCUCCCUGCUCACCCUCCCCGUCACCUCCGACGCCUUCAGCGCCGUCCGCCCCUCCGCGGCCGCCAUCGUCGAUGAGUCCGAGUCCCCCCCUCCUCUACACAAGGUCCCGCGACUCGCCCAAGACUCUGACCCCGGCUCCGCUUCCAGGAAGGGCCUCGCGAGCGCCCCUUCCAAGAACACAGCGUGCGUCGUCCGCGUCAAGAUAUCAGGCGCUCAUCCGCCGUCACAAACGGACAAGCGCGACACCGACCUUGCCCGGCUCCAGCAGUGCAUUCGCAUCCUGUUGACCAAGGACUCUGACGACGCGCUGCCCCUGACGUACGAGAGCAUAUAUGCGACCUGCCGCUACGUGGUGUGCAACGCCCGCGACGGAGAAGCAUUGCACGGGCGCUUGAAGGCCGAGCUCGAGAAAUCCGUCGGGCAGCUGCAACGAUUCCUAUUGGAAACCUCCCCUGACGGCUUAUCAUGGCUGUACAGAUUCGUGGACGUCUGUGCAUGGUUUGAGACCCAAAUAAGCCUUCUUCAGUCCUUGUUGACGUUCUUGGAUCGAGAUUAUUCGACCUCAGACGGGUCUUCUCAGAGUGUGCGCGGAAUGGCGUUGGAUCUAUUCUUACACAACAUCAUAUGGCACGGCACCAUCGUGAAGAAUUUGGAAGAGGGGAUUAAGUCAUGGAUUCAAUGGGAGAGGGAAAACAGAAAGCCGCACGAAGCCCAGGCGAAGGUGGCCCAGCUGAUCGGUCACCUUCAGACUCACGACUCCUACCAAGCGCGGUUCGAGAGCUACUAUCUCGAGCUGAUCGCGGAGCACUACUCUGCCGAGUCAGACCGCCUGUCGAGCGCGGCCGACAAGGACGCAUCGGCCUUCCUCUUGCACUGCACGUCUCGCAUCGAUGAAGAAGUGGCGAGAUCCAGAGAGAUCUUGCCAAAGUCCAGCUGGGGCGCCAAGAAGGCACGCACGACUACUUUCACUUAUGGUCGAGUUUCUGACGCGUGGCCCUCAGGCAUCCCCAAGCUGAUGAAGAGCGAGGACAUACAAGGGCUGUCGCGGAUCUACCAUCUUUUCUUCCGGGUCGACGGCCUGAAAGAACUCAAUGGCCAAUUCAAAGCCUACGUCGAGAAGCAGCGAACGGUCAAAGCCGUCGUCCGCGACGCUGCCCGCGACGACGACAUGGUCGAUCGCCUUCUCAAGUUCAAAGCCUUCCUCGACCGCGCGCUGCAGGACGCGUUCGCCGACCCCGUGGUCAGCGCCGCGCCGUCGACGUCCGUGCUCGCGCGGACGCCGAACCGCGACUUUGGGUACGCGGUCACCGACGCGUUCGGCGUUGGCUUCAAGGCGCGGCGCAACAAGCCCGCGGAGAUGAUUGCGAAGCACGUUGACCGCAUGAUGCGCAAGGGCCAGCGGGGCGCGACCGACGCCGAGUUCGCGGCGCAGCUCGACGCCGCACUCGCGCUCUACAGGUUCACGGACGACAAGGACGUCUUCCGAACGUUCUACCAUCGCGCGCUCGCGAAGCGGCUGCUCUUGGAGCGCAGCGCCUCCGACGACUUUGAGAAGGCGAUCUUGAAGAAGCUGAAAGAGCUCUACGAUCCCGAGUUCAGCAUGGGCGACCACAUGUUCAACGACCUCGCCCUGUCUCGCGAGCUUAUGCAGGACUACCACAAGAAGCUCGAACAAGACAGCAGCGCGCGAAAUCUCAACGUGAUGGUUCUCCAACAGAGCUUCUGGCCUUUCUCCGCGCGCACGAGUGAUGCCGAUCUGCCUCCCGAGAUGCAAGCGGAGAUCGCCGCGUUCGCUGCUUUUUACAAGGGCAAGCACCAGGGCCACAAACUCGAUUGGGACCACGGGCUUGGGACGAUCAUUUUGACGUCCCGCUUCAGCGGGGGACAAAAGGAGCUGUCCGUCAGCCUCUACCAGGGCGUCGUCCUCCUCCUUUUCAACCGCAGCCCGAAGAUACCGUUCGCAGAGAUCAAGGCGAGCACCCGCAUCGAGGAUGCGGAGCUGCGGCGUACGCUGCAGAGCCUUGCCUGCGGGAAGAAGAAAGUGCUGAAGAAGCUGCCGCCUGGCCGGGACGUCGACGACGACGACGUUUUCGAAUUCAACGACGCCUUCACCGAUCCACGAGCUAAAGUCCACAUCAAUUCCAUUCAGGUCAAGGAGACGGUCGAAGAAGCGGCGCGCACGCAGACGGCCAUCGAAGGCGACCGCAAGCACUACCUCGACGCGGCCAUCGUGCGCAUCAUGAAGGCGCGCAAGCAGCUCAUGUACGAGCAGCUCAAGGCCGAGACGAUCGAGGCGGUCAAGAAGCAUUUCGUACCCGACGUAAGCAGCAUCAAGAAGCGCAUAGAGAGCCUCGUCGAACAAGAUUACUUGAAGAGAGACGAGGAAGAGACCAAUAUGUAUGUGUAUGUAGCAUAA